GUCUAAUACUAUCCAUAUUUAAAGUACAACAAUGUAGUCAAAUGUGCAUUAUAAUGUUCUCUGGUUGUCAUGUGCAACAUGUAAAGCGUGAUGGCAGCAGAAAAGUCGCCUUUAUUUUGUUAUAGAAGUUACGUUAAUUUGUCUUUUUAUAUUAUUGCUACCAUUCACAUCAUAAUAAUAUCAUUGCUACCCGCUGAUAGACACUUUAGUGUAUGUGUUUCGAGGAUAAUAGACCUCAAUUUCACGUCAUUUAAUAAUCGUCUUCUAAGAAGAUGUGUUAAGUCAUCUCCAAGUUCACUGAUAGGUGGCUCCAGGCCAUGCUUACCUAACAGUGAUGAUGGUAAAGUGACUUCGAAUGGCUUACUUUUGCCAUAUGGCUUCAUAUCUUCGGGUACUACAGAAUCUAAAUUGAUUUCUCCAUUUAGAAGGCGUAAAUCGCAGUUGAAUGCCUACGAUAGUGAGCAUGACCACAGUCUUUUGAAAGACCUGGCUUUAAAUAAGGAUGUUCUUUUUGACCAAUCUUUGGGCACGAAGUGCAAUUUUUAUCGCUAUUUUAACAUUACACAUGGCAAUGUGGAUGAGCAUCUUAGGUCAACUAUGGAUGAGCAUUUUGAGUCUCAAAGAGCGGCGGCAUCCAGAUCGUUGUAUGUUGUUGAUGGCAAUGCCUUCAAUGGUGACUACACUAAUUGGAGAUUGCCCAUUCCGCGUAGCAUGGCUUCAUAUGAGUUUGAAGGUUUGAAUCCCAAUGCUGGUAAGGUUGUUUCUGAAUAUUCCGAAGACGUCAAGCCUAAGUUUCCUGAUCCUUUAUUGGAUUCGAUAUAUGAUUUGAUUUCUGAACCAUCGUGUCCUCGUUAUGUUAAUUCUACAGAGUCCAUGAUAGAUUUGUACGACGAGGUUGGGGACGAUGAUUACUAUGAAACACGUGACUGCAAGGUGGUCAAGAAGGCCUACCUAGAGGAUGUAGAUAUCGUCUCAUCUGAGGAAACUAGACGUGAUGCUGAGAUGUUACACAAUGUAUUAUCCCAUCCUACGGAGUUUCCAUCCUAUCUCGACCCUGUUAAUCCGGCACAUCGUACUGGUCGUGGUAGGGAAUUACAACGUAUGCAAGACUCAGGUCGCUUGCAACGUCUUCGCUGGAACAUGGAUAUAGACCCAGCUGACGACAUUUUACGUGGUCACCGUGAAACUGGCAAUAAAAUUACGAAAGAGUUUUUGGAUUCUAUAGAGUGGGAGCAUCCCAUGCCAACGCAUUAUGACAACAACUUUUACAAACGUUCCUUUGCUGAGGGUGGUUUUGGCGAGUCUGAUAGAACUUCUGACAGUUAUUUCGACAUUCAGUUUAUUGGAUCGCCUGAUACUUAUCCUUUUGCUAUAUCUGCCGGUAUGCAAUUUACUUGGCCUAUAUAUUGGGUCCCUCUUUUGCGCAAGAAGCACCCUAAAAGAUAUGGUCAGCCUUUGCGUUCACCAGUUUUUAAUUUAGGUGGUAUUGAGCCUCUACAGCUAUGGUUUUAUCCUGAGGGUAAUGCAAGUACUCGUGAUGGAUUCUGUUCACUUAAGCUGGUUGCUCCCCCUGGCUGGUGUUUGCCAUAUCGCAUUUAUAUGUUUAUUUUUAGUGAGUACAACCGGACGGUUGUGGGUCCUAUGUAUAGGGAGUCCACUGAUUACAUUAACCGUUCGUUGAACUUUUGUAGGUUAGUUGGCAAGGGUGAUAAGGACUUUUUACGUAUGCGUGAAAACGACAAGGAUUACGUGAUCCUUGGUCCUGCGGGCAAUGUAUAUGUUGGCGUUGGCGUGGUUGAUGAGCCCUUACGUACCGUUGCUGGAUCUCACCGUUUUGCGUAUGACUGGGAUGAGGGAGACUAUGACUUUAACCAGUGGUUAAAGAAGCAGACUUCGGACCCUGAUGAUGCUUUUCAGCAAGAGACUGUCGAUCGUGACCGUACACAUAGUGUUUGGUAUGAAUCGCACAAAUACAAAUUCGUUCCCGAUCGCCAUAUAUCUCGUUAUUGGAAGCGUCGAUACAUCCGCGAGCUUGAUUGGCGUCAACCUACUUUUUAACUUAACUUUUAUUCACACACAUGUU